ACGCCUCCCCCCGAACACGAUGAAUCUUCUCGCCGGCUACUCCGACUCUGAAUCCGACACCGACGCGCCCGCUGCGCCCCAAGUCGUCGCCAAGUCUGCCCCGAAGCCCGCCUUCCAGAAAGUCGUCGACCGAUCCAACACAGGACGAAUUAAAGUCAGCCUCCCGGGCGCAUCGCAGUCGCGCCCCGACAAGGACGAUGGCCAGGCCGAUGCGCCGCCUGCUAAGAAGCCGCGCCUCGGCGGAGGCUCGUCGUUUGCAGGUUUCAAUGCCAUGCUGCCUGCGCCCAAGAAGCCCAACGUGAAUGCCAUGGCGGCAGCCGGGGGCGCAAAGACUGGAAGCAGAGGACUGGGCAAAGGGCUCGCGGCGGGAGUCAACCUAAAGACUGGCGCUGAGCCUGCCUUCAAGCGGGAGCCAAGGGCAGAGACGGAAGAGUACGAUGAGACUGGCAACCCGAUCAAAAAAGGGCCCAUGAACAAGGACGACUUUAGGGCUAUGCUGAAUCUGCCGCCACCCAAGUCAGAAGCGAAGACCGAGAAUAAACCAGUUUUGCCCGCGCAAGACACCCAGCAGGAUCCGGAGCCCCAGCAAGCACCCAAGCCUGCAGCGCCGCGUUUUGUGCCCAUGUCUGUUGGCAAGGGGAAGAAGAAGAAACCAGCCGUUCCCCGUCCAGCGGCUGCACCGACCCAGGCAGCCAGUGCUGCAAGCACAGAGGUGUCGGCUGCACAAGCACCUGCCGUAGAAACAAAACCACAAAAGCCCAAGGUCUCUCUCUUCGGCGUAUCAAAUGAGGCAGAGCCUGUGAGGAAGGAACAAUCUGAUGGACAAUACCAGCCCCUACUUUAUGGCGCCGAAGAAGACGAAGAAGCGCCAGUCCCUGAUGCAGCCUUUGACGGACAAUGGCCAAAUCAAACCGCUCAACAUGCAUCUUCAUCUGCCGGCCCCUCCGCGCCCGAUGGCCUCACAAACAUUGCCUCUGAGCUGAAUCUUUCAGAAGCCGAGCGUCGCCAACUAUUUGGCAAGAAGGGGCGCAACGGACCAGACUUUUCAGGCGCCAAAAUCGUCGAGUUCAACACAGAUGAGGAGUAUGCACAUAACGAAAAGCUGCGUCAGCAGGGCGAGGCAGUAUCCCACAAUCCCCUCAAGUCCAUCAACGCUGCCGGCAAGAACAGUCUCCGAAGCCUGGUCAAUGUCGCGACCACACAAAAAGAGGCUCUCGAGGACCACUUUGCUGCUGGCCACCGAAACAAGAAAGAGGCAGGGAAUCGAUACGGAUGGUAGGAGCAUUGCCGGGCGUUUUUUUAUAUCUGUGAACCAAGAAUUUGCCAGGUUCUUGCAUGUAUGGGCUUUAGGGGCUCGGUUUUAUCAUCAGACAAUUUUAUCCUCCGGUUAUGCCAUACAGGCUCAGGUAUGGACCGCAUUUAUCUCUUUUAUCAUGUCAUCUUCAUCUCAGAGCCUCUGGUAGCACGAAUUUCUUCGCGGAAAAAUCACUUAGGAAUCAC